AUGGACACGACAUAUAGCAGUAACGCAGAUCGCCUGGAAUACUUGUACCUGAACUUAGUGGGCCAAGUGGUUCAGGUUCGUCUGGUAGACGGUUCGUCUUUGGAGGGCAUUUUUGUCUCACGCACAGAUGUCGACGCGGACACGGAGGCGGGUAUUCUUCUCUGCUGCACUCGCUGUCUCCCCUCUUUGAAGCACAAGCCGCUGGACCCCUCAUGCCUGGAGUUAUUGGAAGACACAAUUAUUCCCUACCGGGACGUAGUGAUGAUGGAGGUGCAAAACGCAAAGAUCCGAACAGAGGCGCCUGGCAGAACGGACACCGUUCGCAGUGAUUACUCCAUGAACAAAAUUGACUGGGCGGAUGAGGGUGCGAAUGAGCUUCUGGACAGUGAGCAACAUCAAACCGGUGCGUGGGAUCAGUUUGAGGCAAACGAGAAGAACUUUGGGGUAAAGACGACAUACAAGGAAGAGCUCUACACUACCCGGCUGGAUCACAGUAAGAUCACGGAGGAACAGAGGGCACAUGCCGAUCGUGUGGCUCGUGAAAUUGAGGUGUCCGCAACGCGUGGUAUUGCCCACCGAAUGGAGCGUGAGGAAUUCUUGAAGGAUGAUGGAGGCAUGGAUGAGGGCACGCUUUACUCCGAUGUGCAGCGUCCGCAGGAAAAGAAGAAGACAUACGUGCCCCCUCCCGUUGCCGCCGCACGUAAGGCGGCUGGGGAAAUGCAAACGGCCGCCCCUGCCGCGGCUCCCGUGGCAACACCUGCCGCUGCCACUGCCGCAGCUGCAGCAAUGGCGGUAGAUGAUAACACGAUGCGUCACCGAAGGAUGGAAGAGGAGAAAAUUCCCAUGCCACACGAUAAUCACCUACGAUCCCCGGGAUUUAACCCCGCGGCGGUACCUUACACACCCAUGAAGACCGGAGCCGCCUCGGCACCCGUGCUUGAUUUCAUGACGUUAUUGGCCGAUACGAUAAUGAGCAACGAGCAGUGCUAUGAGUCCCUCCCCAACUGGCCCGGUACGUGCAUGUACUACGACCAAGACGAUUCAUCCUAUUCGCAGCAAAACUACGAGAAUGCCGUCGUUCCACCGAGUAUGGGGGCGGCACCGCAGAUGUACGUGACUCCACAACAGGGUUUACCAAGUCAUCAUAGAGCAUAUCAAGGUGGUGGGGGAAGAAUGAACCCGAACCAGCAGGUGCCAAUGCACCACAUGCAUGCCCAGUCAUUUCACCAGCAGCAUCAACAUCAGCAACAUCAGCACCAACAACAACAACCGCAGCAGCAGCCAUUCCAUGUUUAUGGCAAUUACAUGCCGCAGCAUCAACACAAUGCGCCGAUGCAAGAAUACCCACCAAAUAAGGGAGCCCCACCGGGUCCUAUGCGUAACAACAUGCGGCAGCCAAAGAGCAGCAGCGCCUCCCGUGUAGAACCACAGCAACCGGUUACCGCCAACACUUCUGUUGCCCCUCCACCCGUGCCAACGGUGGAUAGCGCACCAACCCCCACGCCAGAGGUGAAGCACGCACCGAAGCUACAGCGUGGUCGAGGUGGGACAGCACCACAACGUGGCGGUGACGGUGACGGUGCGGGGGACGCGGCAGGCGGUAACCCCGGUGCUGCGAAUCCUCCCGCUGGCCCAAAAAAGCGAAGUGGAAAGUAG